AAAAGACAAUGGCACUUCUUUCAGGUCCAGCAGCCUUGGACGGGGAGAAGGAAGCGGCGAAAGAAGACACCAGCUCUGCUAGUACCGGUAGUGCCUUUCUUGACACGACGAUUCCAGCAGAAUGCGUCUUUGAAGAUCUUCCACAGCAUAGUAAUGCUCUUCCCAGUCCCUUUUUGCCAAUUCCUUCAACCGUGUCCUCUUUGACCGACUGCGCCAAGUGGCAUAUUGAACAAUUGGAACAAGAAUUACUGGCAGCAGCACACAAUGGCGAUGAAUUGGAAGAUGCGUUGGACGAUGGAUUUGUCUUGUGCGACUUGAAUGUGAUUCGCAAAAAGUUGUUGGCAUGGCGACACUUGUUUCCACGCAUCAAACCCUUUUUUGCCCUCAAAUGCAAUCCGGAUCCCAUGGUAGCGGCGGUACUCGGUCGGACCAACCAAGCCGCUGGAUUUGACUGUGCCUCGUUGAGUGAAAUUACCUUGGCUCUACAGUCGUCUCGCCAAAAUAAUUCCAAUUUGGUGGUCUAUGCCAAUCCACAACGUGCCGAAAAUGAUUUGGAAGCAUCGCUGUCUCACGGUGUCGUGGCAUUUACAUUGGAUGGAGAAGAAGAAUUGCACAAGAUUCACCGCGCAUUCCUCCAACACAACCAAAACAACAAUAAUGCCAAAAAGGCACCCCAAAUCAUUCUGCGAUUGCUCGUGCCCGACGAACAUUCCACGGUACCAUUGGGCGAAAAAUUUGGAGCCCCUCCCGACCGCAUUCCCUCACUGGUCCAAUUGGCACUCGUUCUGCAAUUGCCCAUUAUUGGUGUCAGUUUUCAUUGUGGAUCGGGAUGUCAUGAUCCCAUGGCAUAUGCCCAGGCCAUUCGACUGGCAUACGAUGCCAUGAACACGAUUGAUGAAUUGCAACACGGUCACCACAAUAAGUGCUGGUUGUUGGACAUUGGAGGUGGGUUUCCAGGAAGAGAUGGAUGGAAGGGAGACACGGGAAGGUUUUGUAAUUGUUGUGCUGCUGGUGGCAACCUGACAAUUGACAAUAGUAGUGAAGAGGACGACGAGACACUGGAAACGGCUCGAAAGAUUGCAGAGGCCAUUAAUCCACUCUUGGACGAAUUGUUCCCUCCUGCUACGAGCCAAGUCCAAGUCAUUUCCGAACCGGGACGAUACUUUGUGGAAGCCGCCUUUGCUCUUUGCAGUCGCAUCUACCGAGUGCACACAACAACAACUGCGCCUCAAGAAGACAGCAGCAACAACAGUUCUGCAACCACCACCAAAAGAAUUCACUAUACGAUUGCACAAGGAGUUCAAGGAGUCUUUAAAGAUGUCGUCUUGUGUGGAGAAUCCUUUGAACCAGUGCCACUGCAAAUGAUGAUGUCACAAAACAAUGCAUCACAAUCCACAACCGUGUUGUUCCCCAGUACCAUUCACGGACCAACGGGAGAUGUGGUUUGCCCUUCCAUUGAUCUGCCACAGUUACAAGUCGGUGAUUGGUUGCUCUUUGAUCGAAUGGGUGCCUACACUCUCAGUAUUUCGGCAAGGUCAGGCAGACCUCCGAUACGAUACAUCAUGGGAAGCUAG